AUGUCGGGUGCCAAACUUGACGUGCGAACAGACGUUAUCAAGGACCCCGACAUCGUGGAAGCAUCUGAAUCAACGAUAGAAAAUCUUGAUCCCAUCUUGCUAGAUGGCAACAACAGCACAAAAAAGGCUUAUAUCAGGCACAACCUCUCGGAACCAGAUGCCAAAGGGCUAUGGCCGGAACUGCUACCGGAGGUGCUAUGGGCCUACCGCACAAGACCGAAGACCAGCACAUGUGAGAUGCCAUAUUCACUGGUCUACGACACCGAUGCAGUCAUACCCAUUGAGGUCGGGGAACCUAGCCCGAGAUACUCCAAUGAAAGUGGAUCAAGCAACGAUGAAAGCAGGUUACAAGACCUGGAUGAGGUCGAAGAACGAAGGGAUAUGGCACACAUAAGAAUGGUGGACCAAAAACAAGCAGAAAGGUACUAUACCAAGAAGGCCAAAGUACGACCACUCAGAGUCGGGGACUACAUACUAAAGGCCAAUUAA